AAAAAGCAUAUCUCUUAUUACCUAAUUUAUUUUGUCCAUUUUUUUUUGAGUGGGAUUACAGGCAGUAUACAUUUAGAGCCAUUUGUCAUUGAUGUGGCCUCUGCCCGAAUCAGGUGUGUUCAUCUUGCCAUUUUAGUAGUAUGAAAAAUAAUAUGUGAUAGUGUAUAUCUUCACAUGCUGAUGACAAAGUAUUCUAGUUCUGCAUCAAGUAAUACUCCUGGAGCAACUAAUCAAACGUUCUUGAAUGAGCAACUGAAUCAAAAUUCUAAAUUAUUUACUCAACACCAUUUGGUUAUGGUAAUGCAAUUGGAUUCUUUUAAAUAUCUUUUCCAGAAUGGAAUACAGUUGUCAUUUUUCUAAAUAGGACACGGAAAAUAGGUGUGUAAAUAACCCAAUUGCUGAGGCGAUAUAUCGAUGUUUGAUUUAGCAAGACUUGUGGGUUCAGCGUGACGUAAUAGCCGUUGCUUUCAUGUGUCAGCUAAAAUGUCGGAAUUUGUUUGACUAAUGUACAUCUUAUUAAUAAACAACAACUAUUUAAACAUUUGACUGUAGAUUUAUUUGUUAUAAGAUGUUAAUUAUAAAUAUUUAAGGGGGUUUACGCUAAAAAUAAGGUACUAGAAUAGUGGUUAAAUUGCCUUUUGAGACGACCUGACAGAGCAAAGGUUUUUUCACUGAAGCACUUGAACGCAGCAGUCUAUGCUACAAGACUGGAAGCUGCCUGUUCAACAGCAGCCGUAGCAACUCUAACACUAUUUUUCUAACUGUGCCUAUUUUAACUCUUUGACUAUGUAACGGAGCCGAUUUUGCCAGCGUUGCUGUUGCUAUUAUGCAGAGUAAAACGUGGCAAAAGUUUAGGGGAAAGGCACAAUCCUCAAACCACGUCACCGCGUCUGUCGUGGCAGGCUCAGCAGUGUCUUUGUGGGCACAAAGAAACGAGAAGUCCCAACAUAUCAAGAUUUCUUUAAACAUGGACACAGACUUCUCUACUAAUCAGUCACUGUCAAACAUCCAUCAGCCUGACUCUGACACUGUAGAUGAAAUCCCUGGCGUUGAGGUCAACAGACAGAAUGCAUCAGCUCGAUCCGGUUCAGAUGUGGAAGAUCUGGAUUCCUUCAACCCGAUUGAACCUCCUCCAUUAGACUGGAGAUCAGAGUCCUCCACUGAGGUAGACUCAGAUGAUGACAUGUAUGAUCCAGGCUUCCCGCCUUCUGUUGAUGAUUUGGAUAAAGUCAUUAGAGAAGAGUCAUUAGUUGCACAUUUGGACAUGAGUGACCCAGUGGCUCAACUCAACAUUAACCAACAGGAAUUGGUUCAGAACGAGGAGAAGGAACUGAAGGACAGGGAAAAUGAUAUAGAAACAGACAAGAAUGGAGGAGAAGGAAUUGAAAAUCUAGAGGUUGUUGUCGCAAAUCAGGAAGAAGAACCCUUCAGGGAGUUGGAAGGUUCAGUCACUGAAGAAGAAUUUCCAAAUAGAACUUCAGCUGAUGAAGACCACAGCCAUAUACACAACCUUCUCGGCCAGCUUCAACUAAUGAGAGAAGAGCCUCAGUCCUGUUGUCAGACGCUGCCUCUCCAUCACUCUCCUGGUCCGUCUGAAGUGGAAGCAUGUGCUGCUGUGUUAACAACAGCUGAUGGCAGCUCUGAAACCACUGGGUUGUUGUUUUCUGAAAGCCACCACAGAGACCUGCUGGGGCUUCUGCAGUGCACAGAAAUUGGAGCCACACCACAUUUAACCUGUUUGCCCCCCGGAGGUGAGGUGGAUGCUGUAGUAUCGGUUUCCUACAGCCAGGAAGACGCACAGAGGUACUGGGGAAAUCAUGAAAAUGGCCGACAUCAACGGCACAGGGACGACUCUCUGGCCUCUUUGCCCGAUGAAGAGUAUCCUGAACCAGUAUGGAUGAAGCUCGGUGAGGAGCCUCCAGAUGAAGAAGCAGUCGGAGAAAGUGAACAGAGAGCCGAAAACCAGAUUUCAUAUAAAGAUGUGCCUGGUCCUUGUGACCCUGAAGACCUGUUGGAUGGGGUGAUAUUUGGAGCCAAGUAUCUGGGCUCUACUCAGAUGAAAUCAGAAAAGAAUCCAUCUACAAAUGUCCGUAUGACUCAGGCUCAGGAGGCCGUGGAGAGAAUAAAGGCUCCCGAGGGUGAAUCUCAGCCAAUGACAGAGGUGGAUUUGUUCAUCUCCACACAGAGAAUCAAGGUGCUCACUGCUGACACACAGGAAGCCAUGAUGGACCACGCCCUGCAAAUGAUUUCUUAUAUCGCUGACAUAGGUGACAUUGUGGUCCUGAUGGCACGAAGGAAACGUAAAGGACAAGAUGGUGACACGUCGUCCUCUGCUAGGUCUCAAAAGAAGUGUUUAAUGGUCUGCCAUGUCUUCUCCUCGGAUGAUGCUCAGAUAAUAGCUCAGGCUAUUGGCCAGGCAUUUGGUGUGGCCUAUCAGCAGUUCCUGCAGGCCAAUGGGAUCAAAGCCAGUGACCUGAGACCUGGAGAGUACAGUGACUACCUGGAAAAUCAGGAGCUUUACAAUGGAGACCUGGCCCACUUCUCUGACUCUCAGAACCUCAGAGAUGUUGCCAUUACAAAGACAUCUGGUGAGAUCCUAGGUCUGGCUGUGGUGGAGUCUGGCUGGGGUUCUAUCCUUCCCACUGUGGUGGUGGCCAACCUGCUUCAUGGAGGUCCAGCUGAGCGGUGCGGUGAGCUUAGCAUCGGAGACAGAAUCAUGUCCGUCAAUGGGACGAGCCUAGUGGGUCUGCCCAUCACCACCUGUCAAAACAUUAUCCGGGACCUAAAAAGCCAAAAAUAUGUGAAGCUCAGCAUCGUUCACUGCCCUCCAGUCACCAUGGCAAUUAUCAAGAGGCCAGAUCCCAAAUAUCAGCUGGGCUUCAGUGUGGAAGAUGGAAUUAUCUGCAGUUUAAUGAGAGGUGGUAUAGCAGAGAGAGGAGGCAUUCGUGUCGGGCACCGAAUCAUUGAGAUAAAUGGACAAAGUGUUGUAGCCACACCGCAUGAAAAGAUAAUCCAGAUCCUGACAAAUGCAGUUGGAGAGAUUCACCUGAAAACAAUGCCAGCCUCCACAUACCGACUCCUCACAGGACAGGAACAGCCCGUGUUCCUCUGAGCACUUCUUGAAAUCACAAAAGUAUAGAACAGUGUUGGAGCUAAAUGGACUUUUGCCAAACUCAGAAAAUAUUAUGCAAGUGAUUGUGCAGCACAUCAUAUGCUGUUGUCACCAUAAAAUGCAAUAGAUUAGUCUCGUUGCAUAAUUUAGAAAUACAAAUAUAUUCUAUCUGAAUCUAUAUUUAACAGAUAUGUAACCAUGUAAACUGUAGAUGAGAUGGGAUAUUUCUGAAGCAAAGUAUUUAAUGACUUCACCAGCUUACAUGGUGAUGCACUAUCAUAAGUCGUAUGAGUCUUCCCACCUGUCGUGCCUGAGGUAAAGAUGCUAAAUUGAAUCAUCACAGAGGGUCAGUGUAUUUGAUCAUGUGCUUCCAGUCAUUUUUUACAUGCACAUACAAUACCUGUCCAGUGUCUGUGACCAGCUGCAGAGCUACCGGGUGCUCUGAUUUAUGUAUACAGUACAUGUGCUUUCCUCAUUGUGCCUCACAGCAAAUAUCAUGCAAGCAAUAAUCAUGCACAAUUUAUAGGUAUUGUAUGCAGGAAUUUUGUGUUAGUAUUGGUAAGCACUGGAUAAUGUAGCAUACACUAUCCUCCCAUCUGGGAUGCUGUAAAUGCUCUUUUUUUAUUGGAUUAUAACUGCCUUUUUGGUCUAAUUGGGUCUGUUGUCCAGUUGUAUAGAUUUCCAAGCAGAGAAAUACAAGCAGUGGGGGCAAUAUCCCUGCAGAUGAAUUUCAAAUGCAUUGUUGUUUACAUCUUCUGGUCUAUUAAAGACUAUUCUUUUAAAAGAAUGAAUUAGCUAUUCUCUUGUAAAGAAAUUUCCUGCAUACGGUACCUUUAAUGCCACUGCCUUUUUAUUAGAGAUAUAUGUUUAUUUUUUAAGAAUUUUAAUGUUUAUUAAAUGAUCUCUAAAAUUUCUCUGCUAUUCUUUUUAAGGGUCACCAAUUUCUGUUACUAACUUUCUAACUUGCUUUGAAGAGGAGUGAAGCCCUGAAAUAAUAUGAAGCCACAUAUUAUUUUUGCUUUUUAAGACAUGAUACACCCUUUCGUUGUGCUUGUAAUAAUAAAACAGUUUUUAAUGCCUGAA